CCGGCGCCGGAGGCGGGGCCAUGAAGCCGUUAGGGGCGGGGGUUGCCCUGCGUGGCUGCGUGCGCGCCCCGGAAGCGGAAUCGAGGGCCCGUUUCCGGGCGGCUGAUUCGAGGACUUGUUUUGUCCCAAGCGGAGCCUCUGAAGAGCUCCCUCAGGGCCGGCCAUGCCGUCCGAGGGUCGCUGCUGGGAGACCCUGCAGGCGCUGCGCAGUUCCGACAAAGGUCGCCUCUGCUACCACCGCGACUGGCUGCUGCGGGGCGAGGAUGUUUUGGAAGAAUGUAGGUCUGUUCCCAAGCUCUCUUCCUACUCCGGAUGGGUGGUAGACCAUGUCUUACCCCACAUGCAAGAGAAUCAACCAUCCUCUGAGACUUCAGAAUCCUCCAGAUCCACUUCAGACCUUGAACAACCUUCCUGUGUUCCCAAAUCUCCCGUCAGAACCCCUGCCUUCUCACCAGUUUCCUCAGCAACAGCAGAUGGAGCCGAGGACAAAUGUGAGUCCCAGCAUGCAGAACCUAUGGCACUUCAGUCCUCCCGGGGGAUCAAAGUGGAAGGUUGCAUCCGGAUGUAUGAGCUGGUGCACAGAAUGAGAGGAAGAGAGGGCCUGAGGCAGUGGCAAGAGGAGCAGGAGAGGAAGGUGCGAGCCCUCUCUGAGAUGGCAUCUGAACAACUGAAGCGCUUUGAUGAACGGAAGGAACUGAAACAUCAUAAAGAAUUCCAGGACUUACGGGAAGUGAUGGAGAAGAGCUCCAGAGAAGCCCUGGGGCACCAAGAGAAGCUAAAAGCUGAGCAUCGUCACAGAGCAAAGAUUCUCAACCUGAAGCUGAGGGAGGCUGAGCAGCAGCGCCUGAAGCAGGUGGAGCAGGAGCGGCUGCGGAAGGAAGAGGGCCAGGUCCGCCUGCGGGGCCUCUAUGGCCUGCAGGAGGAGGUGCUGCACCUCAGCCAGCAGCUGGACGCCUCUGAGCAGCAUAAAGAUGUGCUGAAGGUGGACCUGUCUGCCAUCCGGACCCGGGGCAACCAACUGUGCGGCCUCGUCUCGGGGAUCAUCCGGGCCACUUCUGAGAACGGCUUUCCCACAGCAGAGGACCAGGCUGUGGCUGAGAGAGCCCUGCAGGAAAUGCGGGACCUCCUUACCAGCUUGCAGCAGGAGAUCGCCAGGGCCUGUGAGGACAAGAGGAGGCAGGAUUUGGAGGCCCAGGUAAAGCGGCAAGACUCACACAUGCAGCAGGGGCCAGAGGUCCACAGAGAGACCCCAGCUCCCAGCCAGGGCCCAGGAGGGAAACAGAAUGAAGACCUCCAAGUAAAGGUCCAAGACAGUACGAUGCAGUGGUACCACCAGCUGCAGGAUGUUUCCAGUCAGUGCGUGUUGGCCUUUGAGGAGCUGACCAACAGCAAAGACAGUCAGGCCAAAAAGAUAAAGAUGGACCUCCAGAAAGCUGCCACCAUCCCAGUGAGCCAAAUCUCCACCAUUGCAGGCUCAAAGCUGAAGGAGAUCUUUGACAAGAUCCACAACCUGCUCUCCGGAAAACCAGUUCAGUCUGGCGGACGCUCUGUGUCCGUCACACUUAACCCACAGGGCCUGGAUUUUGUCCAGUACAAGCUGGCAGAGAAGUUUGUGAAACAAGGAGAGGAGGAGGUGGCCUCUCACCACGAAGCGGCAUUCCCCAUUGCGGUUGUGGCGUCUGGGAUCUGGGAGCUCCACCCCAGAGUGGGCGACCUCAUUCUCGCACAUCUCCACAGGAAGUGUCCCUACUCAGUUCCCUUCUACCCACCUUUCAAGGAGGGAAUGGCUUUGGAAGACUACCAGAGGACGCUUGGCUACCAAGUGAAGGACUCCAAAGUGGAACAGCAGGACAACUUUCUAAAGCGCAUGUCUGGGAUGAUCCGACUCUACGCCGCCAUCAUCCAGCUCCGGUGGCCGUACGGAGGCCGACAACAGAUUCACCCUCACGGCUUAAAUCAUGGCUGGCGCUGGUUGGCACAAAUCUUAAAUAUGGAGCCCCUGUCAGAUGUGACAGCCACUCUCCUCUUUGACUUCUUGGAGGUGUGUGGGAAUGCCCUCAUGAAGCAGUACCAGGUACAGUUCUGGAAGAUGAUACUUCUCAUCAAAGAGGACUACUUCCCCAGGAUUGAAGCCAUCACAAGCUCAGGACAGAUGGGUUCCUUCAUACGCCUCAAGCAGUUCUUAGAGAAAUGUUUGCAGCUCAAGGAGAUUCCUGUCCCCAAGGGCUUUCUGACCUCCUCCUUCUGGCGUUCCUGAUGGCACCCCGGCGCCCACCAUCUCUGUUCUGUUGCAGAGGGACAGUAAUAAAGCAACUGAAAACAGCUGCAUUUGGGAGAAGUCCUAUCAGAUUUAGAAAUCUACCAACCUGUGCUUUUAUAUAUUUGUACCCAUGACUAGGAGAGGAGAUCGUUCAGGGGUCCCAGAAUCUAGGAGGUCUCUCGUAGGUUGGACAGUCCUUAAGGGAUCCACAUGACAGAGUAAAUGGAAUCGGCUUUUCUCACUUCUACAAAUAUGGUGAGGUGUUUAGUUCUUGGUCUCAUCCUUCAUUUCCUUUGUCUCUGCUGUCUUUCAGAAAGUAGGUGGUACCUUAACCAUUUCCCUCUGAGCUGAAGUAAGCCCCCCACGCCUACUACCCCGCCCUGCUGCCCCUCCCCAGAGUACAGGUUAAUAGUUGAGGCCCAAAUGCUUACAUGAAAGUCUGGGCUAUGGUGGUUUUGUUUUCUCAGCUUGUGGAGUAAUCGUAAAUUCAGAGGAAAUGCCUGAUGCAGACGUGGAUUAAGCCCCAAAUUGUAUCAGAGAUAGUUUAGCAUCCGGGAUUAGGACUGUUGAUACAUGUCAUAUUGAACAGGAAGCACUGUUUGUCCUUUUAAUUGGGACUUCGCCCCCUGAAGGACUAGGGGUGCAGGAGCCAGAGCAGGUGUGGGGUUUUGUUUGUUUAUUUGUUUGUUUCUGAAUUUGAAUUAAGUUGAGCUGAGAUGGGUUUGCAACACUGUACAAGAGCCGAGCAUCUACAGGCAAUGAUUCAGGGGUUAAAUGAAGGUGUUCGGGAGGAACUGAGAACUGCUUUAUAAUUGUUUACAUGUCCUGAAUGAAGAAUGAUGAUAGAUUUGCCUGAAUAAAGCCACGACAGAAAUUCAGAACCCGGCUGUUCAGAUAAGAAUUGAGAUUUGUUUUACAAAAGACUCGCCGUCUUUUGUAGUGCAGAGGUAGGGAUAUACCCCUCUGUACCACCUGUUGUGUGUGGGGAUGUGUUUUGGGGAGUGGGGUAUUCCCUGGUACUCCUGAGUGGCUUGAAGUAACACACUAUGAAUUGUUGACUAUGGUGCCAAAAAAUAAGUAAUAAAGCUUGAUUUUAAAAAACCCACUGCUGGUUGAUGUGACCAAUUUCCUCUACCCUGAGCUGUGUACAUCACAGCUGUGUGCAUGGUCAGGCACAGGCCUAGCUAUAGAAUGGUAUAUGUUCCUCCCUAUUUUGUCUUCUUGACCUUCACCUAGGAAGAUUUUUCUUUCUGUCAUUCCUUUUCCGGAAUUAUGUACCUGACCUUGUUUUAUCUAGCAGAAAUGGAAAAGUACUGAAGUCUUUUCAUGUGGAUACAACAGAAUGAACUCUGGGGAAGGCGUCAGAAGACUUGGUGAAUUCACUUUUAGGUUUCGUGGCCUUGGGUGGGUCAUUCUCUGAACCUCAGGAUCACCACCCCUGCAAAAACACACGACGGGGAUUAGUCAUGAGAUGAGCAGUUUUCAGUGCUCUGUAGCUUCCCAGCCAGUGUGUCGGCACAGAUCUCCCCCUGUGGGGCCUGAGGUGGGCGGAGCCCCCAAGGCCAGUUGUUAUUUGCACUUGCCCUCUUACCUGUGCUUUACAGAUGGCAUAAUUGUCCAUGUAUCAUGACAAGAAACAGGUCAGGGAGC